UAGUAGGAUGUUACUUACGAGCUCUCGAAAGCUUUGCUGCAGCGACAAUCUUGAAAGUUGCAUAUGGGAAGACCACGCCGACGUCAGCAACUGAUCCCGAAGUCAGAGAGGUUCGUCAGCUCAUGUCGCGCUUUCGUACACUCCUGCGCCCCGGUGCCUACUGGGUGGACACGAUACCGUGGCUCAAAUACCUUCCUUGGUAUGCGCCAGAAUUAAGAGACGAGUCCAAGAGGGCUACGCGACUCUACACAGACCAGCUGAAUCGUGUGAAACUGCACAUGCGGCCCUUCGUUUUCAAACACAUUCUAGAAAAUGGACAACUCUAUGGUUUGACAGAGAUAGAGAUGGCUUAUCUUGCUGGCGGCUUCUUUGGAGCAGGGACCGAAACAACCGCUACGGCGAUAUGCAUAGUGCUGAUGGCGGCUGCACGCUUCCCUGAAGAGCAAGCUAAAGUGCAGGCCGAGCUUGAUGCAGUCAUCGGAAGGGAGCGAGCACCGACCUUCGACGAUAGACCAUCCCUUCCUCGUCUGGAGGCCUUCAUAUCUGAGGCUCUGAGAUGGAGACCGUUGGCUCCUGAUGGAUUUCCUCACCGAACUACUGAAGAUGUAAUUUUGGGCAAGUGCUCUUUAAAUAAAUUUGUUCUGCGAGGACAAUCUGACAUCCGCCGGCAGGAAAACUAUUGCAUUCCUGCUGGAACUACAGUAUUCGGCAAUCAUUGGGCCAUCUCUCGGGAUCCAGAAGUCUAUCCCGAGCCUAAUGCAUUCAAGCCCCAGCGCUGGAUUGACGACCAAGGUCGUUUGAGAGACGAUCUCACAUUCUUUGUAUUUGGGUUUGGUCGGCGGUGAGCACCACCUUGCGCGAUGCACUUUCUUUGAUUGUCCUUCCUUCCAGCGUAUGCCCAGGUCAACACGUUGCGAACAGAUCGGUGUUCAUAAAUUCGCUUCUUAUUCUUUGGGCUUUCCAGCUCAAUCUGGAUCCUACGAAGCCGCAGGAUGAUGGGGUUCGCGGGGGCCUUCAUGCCAAAUGUUCCAUGCGCUAUUGAAUUCCAACCGAGGGUACCAGAAGUUGAGCUUAGGCGUAUGAUGCAGGAUUAUCCCAAGGCUGAGUGAACAGAAUAAUCACUAGGGGGCAGGUGGCGAAUCGUCAUAUCAUUAUCACAAUUUCAACUUGACUUGGAGUUUGACCCGUGUAACAUAGUCAGCUACGUACAUAGUCUCGCAACCACGUAUGUAUGGGUCCG